CUUUGUGGAGAGGGCCACAGCAUCCUUUGAUUUCACUUUCAGGAGGUCGAUAAAGUAAGAUCGGAAGAAAUGAAGGCAAAUCAUUUUGCCAGGUCUUUCUAAUUACAGAAUUCUGAUAAUCAGCACUGUGACUAGAAGCUGCUUUAUAUAAGACUACGAUUCCCAGCAUGGCACAAGGGACCGCUGGGAAGACUUCGACUCCCAGCAUGCUGUACUUUGGAACUCCCAGUCCCAGAAUGCAACGCUCUUCCUUACUCAGAGGGCCGUAGACACUACAGUUCCCAGCAUGCAGAGCCGCCCCCAGUUUCUGGCGCCCCGCCGGACCCUGCUUCGGAGAGACGUUUUGGACUCCAGAGGGCGGGCCCUGGAGUCCCAGCCCCCUUUGGAGGACGUGUCUGCGGGGCGGUUCUGGCCCGUUGGGCCCGUCCAGACGGAACCUCGAAGGGAUGGUUUGGGGCCUGGGCCGGGCUUCGCCCAGGCAGCGUCUGAGACAGCCCCAAUGGGGCCCUCGGGGGGCCUUCCUCCCUUUGAACUGCGGUGGCGGGUGGGCUCACUGUAUCCUGCACUUUUCAGAGUAGGGGCCGCCAUCACCAUGGUCACUGCUGCGAGUCGGCCGUGCGCCGGCGGGCCGCGGGACAUCCUGUGGCGCGUUUUGGGCUGGAGGAUAGUUACAAGUAUUGUCUGGUCAGUGCUGCUUCUGCCCAUCUGUACCACAGUAUUUGUCAUCUUCAGCAGCAUUGAUUUAUUUCAUCCUAUACAGUGGCUCUCAGAUUCUUUCAGUGAUCUGUAUAGUUCCUAUAUAAUCUUUUACCUUCUGCUGCUGUCAGUGGUAAUAGAUAUAAGUAUUUUCAAUGUGGAGUUCUAUACAGUUGUGCCUUCCAUUCCCUGCUCGAGACUGGCACUGAUAGGGAAGAUCAUUCAUCCUCAGCAGCUCAUGCACUCCUUUAUUCAUGCAGCAAUGGGAAUGAUGAUGGCUUGGUGUGCUGCGGUGAUAACCAAGGGUCAAUACAGUUUUCUUGUGGUUCCCUGCACUGCUACUGAGAGCUUAGAUGGCCCUGCUGCACAAACCUGCUUAAAUGAGUAUCACCUUUUUUUUCUGCUGGCUGGAGCAUUUAUGGGCUAUAGCUAUAGCCUCCUGUAUUUUAUUAACAACAUGAACUAUCUUCCAUUUCCCAUCAUACAGCAAUACAAGUUCUUGCGCUUCAGGAGGUCUCUGCUUUUGCUAGUUAAGCAUAGUUGUGUGGAAUCGCUGUUCCUGCUUAGAAAUUUCUGCAUUGUGUAUUAUUUUCUUGGCCACAUUCCCAAAGCUUGGAUUAGCACUGCUAUGGACCUUCAGUUAGAUGAGCAGUUUCAUAGGCCUCUUGACACUGUGAGUGGCCUCUUGAAUCUCUCAUUACUCUACCAUGUCUGGCUCUGUGGUGUCUUUGUCCUGAUGACUUGGUACAUCUCGUGGAUACUCUUCAAAAUCUAUGCCACGGAGGCUCAUCUGUUCCCUGUUCAACCACCAUUUUCAGAAGAGUCAUAUGAAUGCCUCCCGAAAGUUUUAAACAGCAAUCCUCCCCUCAUCAUAAAGUAUUUGGCCUUGCAGGACCUGAUGUUGCUUUCUCAAUAUUCUCCUUCACGAAGACAAGAAGUUUUUAGCCUUAGCCAGCCAGGUGGACAUCCCCACAGUUGGACAGCCAUUUCAAGAGAGUGUUUGAAUCUUUUAAAUGAUAUGACUCAGAAACUUGUACUCUAUCAAGAAGCUGCUGCUACAAAUGGGAGAGUGAUGUCUUCAUCCUACCCAGUGGAACCUAAGAAAUUGAAUUCUCCAGAAGAAACUACUUUUCACACCCCAAAAUCUAGCCAGAUGCCUCGGCCUUCAAUGCCAUCAUUAAUUAAGACGUCGCUGUUCUCCUCAAAAUUGUCUGCACCUGAUGUUGCAAGUCCCCUGGCAACCCCAUUUGGCUCUAGUGUAGUGAAUCGGAUGGCUGGGAUUUUUGAUGUAAACACGUGCUAUGGGUCACCUCAGAGUCCUCAGCUUACAAGAAGAGGGCCAAGAUUAUGGACUUUGGCUUCUGGUCAGCAAAUGACUGAAUAUUCUAAUCCUUCUCCAUCUACCUCUGUUAGUGCUGAGGGUAAGACAGUGAGACAGCCCAAUGUGAUUUAUUCAUGGAUUCAGAAUAAACGUGAACAGAUUAAGAAUUUCUUAUCAAAACGGGUGCUGAUAAUGUAUUUUUUCAGUAAGCACCCAGAGGCCUCCAUUCAGGCUGUUUUUUCAGAUGCCCAAAUGCAUAUUUGGGCAUUAGAAGGUCUGUCUCACUUAGUAGCAGCAUCAUUUACAGAAGAUAGAUUUGGAGUUGUCCAGACUACACUACCAGCUAUUCUUAAUACUUUGUUGACGCUACAAGAGGCAGUUGACAAGUACUUCAAGCUUCCUCAUGCUUCCAGUAAACCACCUCGGAUUUCAGGAAGCCUAGUGGACACUUCUUAUAAAACAUUAAGAUUUGCCUUUAGAGCAUCACUAAAAACUGCCAUCUAUAGAAUAACUACUACAUUUGGUGAACAUCUGAAUGCUGUGCAAGCAUCUGCAGAACAUCAGAAAAGACUUCAACAGUUCUUGGAGUUCAAAGAAUAGUUAAGUAAUAUAAACUGUGUUCAUUACAUUGCUGAUACAACUACAGAUGGGACAGUAAAUGUUCAGCAUUCUUGGAUCAGAAGAAAAUGGACUAAUUAGAUGCUUCCUUUGUCGUGGUGGUUGCUUUGAAAACUAUACUUUAAUGGGAGAAAUCAUGGAAAGAAAUUCUCAACAGAAUAACCGAAAACUGCCUUUUCUGUACCGAUUACUUUUUGUGUGUGUGGUAUAAUAAAAUCUUUAUUCAAUUUUACAGAAGCAUCUAUGGCAGUAGAAAUGUUUGUAGCUUAUAUAGCUUAAUAAUAAUAACUAGAAAAUUUUUAGAGUUUACUUUUGAGAGGAGUAGAGUCAGCUCAGAAAGUACUGAUAAAAUAGGUUGACUUGAUCUAGUCUUCCUUCCUAAUCGUCCUGAGAGUUUAGCUCUCUGUAAAUUCAAAAUACAUAAACUUUUUUGGAGUAGUUUCUGUUUACUAAAGGAUAAAAAGGGUAACAGUGGAGAAAAAUUCACAGAAAAUAUUGUCUGAAGGACAUAUUUUGUUAAUCUGUUAGGUUGUGUUUUUGUUUUCAGAGACAAAUUAAAUUUGCAUGAUUGUCCAAAAAAAGUCUCAAUUUACAGAUGCUAACUCUAUAUAAAGGAAUGUGGAAAAAUUCAGUUCUUAAGUUACAAGAUUAAACAUUCACAUUUGGUUUUCGAAAGACAAUUGACCAACAUCUAUGAAUUUAUUUUGUAUCAUGCUAGUAAACAAUAAGCAUAUGGGUAUUUUCUCAACUAGUUUUGCUUUCUUUUUCUGGAACAAAACAUUAAGUGAUUGCCGAGUUUUUCAAGUGAGAGAAAAAGUUUUGCACGAAAACCCAGGAAACUUUCCCUUUUUUUUCCUUCCCUCAUCUUCAUUAGAUCAAAUUAUUUUGUAAAGCUCAAUUGGCCUCACAGAGGGAGCAACCUUUGCUUUGUUAACUGGCUAAUUAAAAUAUAUUAGGAAAAUCUUUACAGCCAGAAACAACUUAGUCAUCAAUUAGCAAGUGAAACCAAAAUGUCAGAGGGAUUACUGUACUUAGGAGUAUGUUGUAUGUCCCAAAAGUGAGUAGGUAAUUUUAUAAUUUAUUAGAUCAACUUUGGAGGUGAAAGAUUGGAAAUCCUACUGGUAGAUAUUCACUGGACUAGCUUUGGACUGAAAUGCUCCCUUGUAAUUCUUUUUCCAUUUUUUCCCUCUAGUGUCCCCCGUUUUUUUCUUUAAAGCCAGCACAGAAUUGUAUAUGAAUCUUUAAUGUGGUAUAUAUGUCUACCAUUUGUCUGAUUACUUGAUGUAUUAUAUCUUGAUUUAUUUGUUGCCCCUUCAACCAGCACAUGCCAAAUUAUAAAUGAAUCCUGCUGGCCUUUAAAGUAUCUUUAUGAGACAUUUUCCCAGUUGUCAAGUGUUUGGAGUAUCUAGGCUGUUGCCUUUUUUUUUUUUUUUUGGCAUCUGAAGUGGAGUUGAUCUCUUUUUUGAAUGUAAAAGUUGAAUUUCGAAUGUGGAAGUUACUUACAGAUGACCAGAAAAUUGUGACUAGGUUGACUGAGAACUGUUGAGUUCCAUGUUUUAAAGCCAUUGAACUUUUUAUAUUCCAUUCUCUGUGCUUUCCCUGGCUGAGGCAUUUUGGGAGAAAAGAACUCUUAACCUUAUGCUUCCAUAAAGAAGAAUUUAAACUCUGACUUACUUAGAUAAAAUGUCUGGCUUUGUUUAGGUUUUUGUCAUUUCCCAUAUACUUUGGGAAAAUGUAUAUUUGAUGAGCAAUGUGAAAAUUUCUGAUGUGUUCAUCCCUAUUUUUUCUCAAGAGGACGUGCUGUGUACACAAUAUAGUUCACUUUAUGUCUGGCUGGUGGAAAUUUGGAAACUGCUUCCCCAAAUCUGGAUUGUAUUUAGUAGAUAAGGAAGUCAGUUCCUUUUCCUCAUUGUGUUGUUAAUCUACACACCAUCUGUUGGAGUAGGGUAUGGCUCAAUCACCUGUUAUGAAAGAGAGCUCCUUCGCCUGUGUACAGGGAGGAGGAUCUUAGGAGGCCAGCAAGAGGAGAGAACCAUUUCCUUUGAUGAAGUCACAUCCUGCCUAUGAACCCACUGAUACUACACAUUGGCCUGAAAAUUAGAGGGUGUUCUUUAAAAGCCUUUCUCUGACUGUCAGUACAAAACGUGAUUGUAUCAGCUCUUGUAAUGUUUUCUUGACCCUUAUGGAAGGUAUAAAUCCACGUAACUUCUUUCCUAGAGAACUGGGACACUGUGCUAGAAUUUUAAAAAACUUGUAUAGUUGAGUGGACGUGGAUAAGCAACAAUUUGUUACUUUGCUGGGUUUAUUCCUUGGUAAUUGUUCUGUGUGUCUUCCUAUAAAUAUGGUAAUCUGUUUAUAUCCUUUUGUAUAUCACUGAUACUGAACUGGGUAGAAAAAUAAAUUAACAGUUUUUA